UGCGACAGUGGGGCGGGCGUUGUUUCCACCUCUCUCUGGGCCGCUAAGGCCAGGAUGGCGGCGCCGCACUCUUGCGGGGACAGGCUGUGCUGCUCCUGCCCGGGUGCGGUUCCCGGAGUGCAGCAGACGCUGGAGGAGAUGGACUUCGAGAGGGGCAUCUGGUCAGCAGCUGUGGAUGGAGACCUGGGCCGAGUAAAGUCUUUCAUCCAGAAGGCCGCGGACCCCAGCCAGCCCGACUCAGCUGGCUACACCGCCCUGCACUAUGCAAGCCGCAAUGGGCACUACGCCGUGUGCCAGUUCCUGCUGGAGAGUGGGGCCAAGUGUGAUGCCCAGACCCAUGGGGGUGCUACAGCUCUGCACCGCGCCAGCUACUGCGGCCACACAGAGAUCGCUCGGCUGCUGCUCUCACACGGCUCUGACCCUCGGCUGGUAGAUGAUGACGGCAUGACCAGUCUGCAUAAGGCUGCUGAGAGGGGACACGAGAACAUCUGCUCCCUGUUGCUGCAGCAUAGCCCAGCCCUGAAGGCCAUCCGGGACCGGAAGGCACGACUCCCCUGUGACUUGCUGCCAGGCAACAGUGCCCUGUGGGACCUGCUGGCCAGCUAAGGUGACAGCACCCAGAUGA